AUGUUGUUGAACCAUCUUCUCCUGGGCCUUUUUGGGCUCUGGGCCAUCUACUUUUUCCUUCUCAAACUCAUCCUCUUCAAACUUGUCCUCAACAUUAUCUUGCCACUCGUCAUCCGACACCUCCUGAUCCCGAGUCUCCCAGACUGUGUCCGUCCAUACGCCGAGCGCGCCCUGAAAAAAUGCGACGAACACUGCUACUCUAUUCCCCUAGAGCCCAAGGGCCCUAGCAACCGUGGCGUGUGCCGCACUGCCAUGGUCCUUUCCCGUGUUGUCGAUCGUGAUGUGGUUCCAGACAUCCUUGACCUGGCCGAACUGUGGAAUGAAAUUCAUCUGGCAUCAAGAGUGGACCCAGAACCUUUCAAAGUCACUGAGCGAGAGCACGGUAUCAACGGUCACAAAUCAGGCGCGGUCUACCUUGAAGCUGAAAUGCCAGCUACCUUGCCACCCAAAGCACUGCGUUCCCUUAUAUUCAAUGUCAGUUCUUGUGACCAAGGUCACAGUAAUGACCUGCAGCAUGUCGGGACAUACACAAACAGCAAGACAUGGUUUGAAGUCAAGAUCUCUUCACCUGACGCACACAAGAGAUCUUUGUCUCCUGUGGAAGGCUCACUCGAGCCACAAAUGAAAGCAGAGCCUGUCUUCAAGUUUCCGCCAAGAAAGAUAAUCACGAAUAUUCAUGCGGGCCAGGAGUUCAAGACUCAUACAGUCACCUGGUCCUAUAACGAUGAAGAUGAAGACAUCGGAAAGCUUAUCAGAGUCAUGGGCGCUGGUUGGAGAGUUGCCAUCACGGUAUGGGGACUAUAUCCAAACUGGGACAACUAUGUUCAAAGCGCCAGGAUUGACUGCCGGGUUCAUACCGUCAGAAAGAUGUGA